CUUCUGCAUUGGAGAGAACAGAUUAUAGUGCAUGAUGGGAGCAGCACGUGUGAAACACCGCUUCAGUGCUGUAGUGGAUGGGCCAGUAGAGGACGAGGAGGUCAUGAGGCUGGCACAGAGUGCUGCAGAUACAGCUAGAGCAGGGAGGAGCCCAGUGGGGUCAGGAACCCCAAACAACCUCUCGCCAACUCAUGCCCUCAACGGAAAAGCUCUACCUCUUCAGAGCUACACCAUCAAUGCACAGAGGCAGAGUGCCAUUGGACAGUCAGCUAGGAGAGACAUAGAAGGAGAAGGUGGCGUUAGAGCAGGAGGAAAAUGCUCAGGCCAAAGGAGUGGACGAGGCAGUAAUGUAGGAGGAAGAGGGAAAGGCCAUUCACCUUCGGACCAGGAUUCUAUCUCUUCCCCCUCGACUACCAGCCGCCGACACACCAGGCACUCAAGCCGCCGGCCCCGACAGCGCUUUGUGGGCAAGGAUGGACGCUGCAACGUCACCUUUGUCAACAUGAGCGAGAGGGGACAGCGGUACCUCAGCGACCUCUUCACGACCUGUGUGGAUGUCCGCUGGCGCUGGAUGCUGGUCAUUUUCACCCUGUCCUUCAUUCUUUCCUGGCUGCUCUUUGGAUUUGCCUUCUGGCUCAUUGCCUCUGCGCAUGGAGACCUCUCCAUUCGGCUUAACCCAAGCUCAGGUUCCUCUCUGGGAUCGGGAGAGACUGAGUUUGGAGGAGAGUCUGAUAGAGAGGCAGCUGUUGAGGAGCCAUGCUUCCAACAGGUGAACAGCUUCAUGGCAGCCUUUCUAUUCUCCUUGGAGACACAGACAUCCAUCGGUUACGGAUUCAGAAGCGUGACCGAAGAAUGUCCCCUGGCGGUGGUGGCGGUCGUUUUGCAGUGCAUUUUGGGCUGCAUUAUUGACGCCUUCAUCAUCGGGGCAGUUAUGGCAAAAAUUGCUAAGCCCAAGAAGCGCAAUGAAACACUUGUGUUCUCUGAAACAGCUGUUGUGGCACUAAGGGAUGGGAAACUCUGCAUGAUGUGGAGGGUUGGAAACCUACGCAAGAGCCACCUUGUAGAGGCACAUGUUAGAGCACAGCUACUGAAGCCAAGAGUAACACCAGAAGGAGAGUUCCUACCACUGGACAACAUGGACAUCAACGUAGGCUUCGACACUGGCACUGACCGCAUCUUCUUGGUCUCGCCUAUAACAAUUGUUCAUGAGAUCAACGACGAGUCGCCCUUCUAUGAAAUGGACCAAAAGACCCUAGAGAAUGACUCUGAGUUGGAAGUGGUGGUCAUACUUGAGGGCAUGGUGGAGGCCACAGCCAUGACCACACAGUGCCGGAGCUCUUACCUGGCUUCUGAAAUCCUCUGGGGGCAUUGCUUUGAACCAGUGCUCUUUGAGAGGAAGGACUGUUAUCAGGUGGACUACUCUUUCUUCCAUCGGACAUAUGCAAUCCCUAACACACCCUCUUACAGUGCUAAAGAACUGGCUGAGCAGAAGUACAUGGAAAGUUCACAUACUUCAUUCUGCUAUGAAAAUGAAGUGGCUCUGCAACUUGCCUUCCCUGAUAAUGACCCUGACUAAGACCCUGAAUGUCCUGACCCAAAGGCCACCCCUGGCAGAACACCUCCAUUAUGGUUGAACUUGGGAGAUGGGAGGCCUCAAGGGAAAAGAGACAGGAAUUUGAACCAACCAGGAGUUUAAAAGAAGUACAGAUAAAGAGAGAGCGUUAGACAAGUAGAAGUGGGUAGACUGUGAGAGGCAAGCUUAGAACUAGAUAGGACCGUGAGUUUGCCAGUAAACGAUUGGAAGCUGAAUUGUUUACAGGGAUUAGAUAUGAAACAAAGAAUAAAAGCAGGUUAAGAAAUCAAUUACAUUUUUUUUAAGUUUGAGAUUUAGAUGACUACUGUAACAAGAUUUUACAGAGAAAUAGAAUAGAAAUAAACUAGAAUGGGAGGUUUGAGGUUAGUUUUUUGGGGAGAUGAGUUAUCACAGUGACAGAGUUGUCUGAUUGCUUCUGGCAAUCUGAGAGUAAUUGAAUACCUAUCUCCUAAGUCUCACAUCUGGCCCAUCACUACCACUGCACAAUCAUCUUGUUCUACUGCUCGACUGGCAGGAUAUGGAACAGCACCCUAUGGUGG